AGAGCGGUAAGCGGUCACGCAGACACACAUGCCCACGACAAGAAAAUUCAAUAAAUUUUGUGAGAACGAGGGAGGGAAGAAAAAAGAUAUGACAUGUGAUGGUGUUUUAGCAUUUUGGAUAUUUUUAUUUUUUUCCUUAAUUUUGAACAUCGUUCAUGUAACGGACGGCGGCAGUUUGGAUGAUCUACACAUAGGCGGCAUAUUUCCCAUUGCAGGCAAAGGAGGAUGGCAGGGUGGUCAGGCUUGUAUGCCAGCAGCAAAACUGGCAUUGGAUGAUGUGAACAAAGAGAAAAAUUUGCUACCCGGAUUUCGGCUCAUUUUACAUAGCAACGAUAGUGAGUGUGAACCCGGUUUGGGUGCCAGCGUGAUGUACAAUCUACUUUACAAUAAACCGCAAAAACUUAUGCUAUUAGCCGGCUGCAGUACGGUCUGUACAACUGUGGCAGAAGCCGCAAAAAUGUGGAAUCUUAUUGUGCUGUGCUAUGGCGCCUCAUCUCCAGCUUUAUCGGAUCGUAGCCGCUUUCCCACAUUAUUUCGUACACAUCCUUCGGCUACUGUUCAUAAUCCCACUAGAAUUAAGUUAAUGAAGAAAUUCGGCUGGUCACGUGUUGCCAUUCUACAGCAAGCGGAGGAAGUUUUUAUAUCGACGGUUGAAGACCUUGAAAAUCGCUGCAUGGAGGCAGGAAUUGAAAUCGUUACAAGACAAUCAUUUUUAUCCGAUCCAACAGAUGCUGUGCGUAAUUUACGACGACAGGAUGCCCGCAUCAUAGUGGGCCUCUUCUAUGUGGUGGCAGCGAGGCGUGUCCUCUGUGAGAUGUACAAACAACAAUUGUAUGGCCGAGCAUAUGUGUGGUUCUUCAUAGGCUGGUAUGAGGACAACUGGUAUGAGGUCAAUUUGGAAAAUGAAGAUAUUUCCUGUUCGGUUGAACAAAUGCGUCUCGCUGCCGAAGGACAUUUAACCACAGAAGCUUUGAUGUGGAAUCAGAACAAUCAAACCACCAUAUCGGGCAUGACAGCCGAUGGAUUUCGUGUUCGGCUAAAUCAAGCCCUCAAGGAGGAGGGUUUCGACAUUAACAAUGAUCGCUAUCCGGAAGGCUAUCAGGAAGCCCCUCUGGCCUAUGAUGCCGUUUGGAGUGUGGCAUUGGCCUUCAAUCGUAGCAUGGAAAGACUCCAGAAUCGUAAUAAAACUUUAAAGGAAUUCACAUACAACGACAAAGACAUUGCUGAUGAGAUAUAUGCAGCAAUGAAUUCAACGCAAUUUUUGGGAGUAUCGGGUGUUGUGGCGUUCAGCUCUCAGGGAGAUCGUAUUGCUUUAACACAAAUUGAGCAAAUGAUUAAUGGAAGAUAUGAGAAAUUGGGUUACUACGAUACCCAAUUGGAUAAUUUGACAUGGCUGAAUGCGGAACGAUGGAUAGGAGGGAAGGUCCCCCAAGAUCGUACAAUUGUGAGACGAGUUUUACGCACCGUAUCGCUGCCAUUGUUUGUUUGUAUGUGUACAAUAUCGUGUUGUGGAAUAGUCGUAGCAUUAGCCCUAAUUAUAUUUAAUAUAUGGAAUAAACAUAGAAGAGUUAUACAAUCAUCACAUCCAGUAUGUAAUACAAUUAUGUUACUUGGUGUUAUCAUCUGUCUUACAUCCGUCAUUUUAUUGGGUAUCGAUGGACGCUUUGUUAGUUCAGACGAAUAUCCCAAGGUUUGUCAAGCCAGAGCUUGGCUUCUAUCCACCGGUUUUACAUUAGCUUAUGGUGCUAUGUUCAGUAAAGUAUGGCGAGUACAUCGUUUUACCACAAAAGCGAAAAGAGAUCCCAAAAAAAAAGUCGAACCCUGGAAACUCUAUACCAUGGUAUCCGGUCUACUAUCCGUUGACUUAGUGCUACUGAUAGCAUGGCAAAUAUUUGAUCCAUUGCAAAGGAUAUUGGAAACAUUUCCCCUCGAAGAUCCCAUAUCGACAAGUGAUGAUAUUAAAAUACGUCCAGAGUUGGAGCAUUGUGAAAGUGAAAAGAACUCCAUGUGGUUGGGUCUUGUCUAUGGCUAUAAGGGACUGAUUCUGGUAUUUGGCCUUUUUCUGGCCUAUGAGACACGUUCCAUAAAAGUGAAGCAAAUCAACGAUUCACGCUAUGUGGGCAUGAGCAUUUACAAUGUGGUGGUAUUGUGUUUGAUCACGGCUCCUGUGGGGAUGGUGAUUGCAUCGCAGCAGGAUGCCUCAUUUGCCUUUGUGGCAUUGGCUGUGAUAUUUUGCUGUUUUUUGAGCAUGUUAUUGAUAUUUGUGCCAAAGGUUAUUGAAGUCAUACGACAUCCUAAGGAUAAAGCUGAAUCGAAAUAUAAUCCCGAUUCGGGUAUAUCGAAAGAAGAUGAGGAACGUUAUCAGAAAUUGGUAACAGAAAAUGAAGAAUUACAACGACUGAUAUCACAGAAAGAGGAAAAGAUCCGCCUGCUACGACAACGUUUAGUUGAGCGUGAAGCUCAAAUGAAGUCCGCCGAUACAAAUGGAUGCGGAGGUCCAACCACAACAGGCAUCAACAAUGGAAUGCAUCUACCCGCCGCAACAACCGCUGGUACCUCGUUAUCGGUACACACCUCGGCAACGUCCUCACAUCUAACACCCGCCGCAUCACUAGCAAUUACACAAGAUACACACGAUCAUCAUACAUGAAAAAACGUGUCAAUUUCCUUUACGUGAUAGGUAAAUUUUAAUUAAUUAUUUAUAUAUUUAAAAUAAAGUUUAGUUAAUAAAACACACACACACAAAAACCCAUAGAAAAAUAAAAAUUUUGAAAAUUUGAAACCCCUCCGCGAAAUGAAAAUAUGGGUUUUGUGACAUAUGAAAUAAGGACUUUAAUUUUCAAAACGAAAACUAAGGAAAAAUGUUUUAAGCAAAUUUUAGCCAAUAAGUACUACAAAUCUUUAGUUAAAUACAGAGAUAAUUUUUUUUAGACUAUAAGGAAAACAGAUUUUCAAAAUUAAAAAAAAAACGAAAUGUAGAUAAUUUCCAUACCAAAUGACUUUAAAUGGAUUAGUAAAAAUAAAAAUUAAAGUAAUUGUAUAACAAAUACUCUCAGUUAGGCUUAGUUAAGUAAAAGAUUUCAAAACAGAAAAACUCUUUAACUUUUGUACAAAUAUUUUGUACCUAUUUUUUCACUUUUUUUAGAAAAAAAUGUGUGUUGAAAUUUUUUGUUAUACUACAACAAAAACUUAUGGUUUUACUACAUUAUGAUGUACAUAACAUAACAGAAAUCUUAAACUCGUAAUAAUCCCUACCGCCCUAUAUACUCUUUUCAUAUAUAUGCCAAUAAUAUAUGAAAAAAAAAUUUAUAAAAUUUAGCAAAAUUUGUUACUUCAAUGUUUAGUUACACAACUGAGGAAUUUUUUAUAAAAAUAUGUGAAAUUUAAAAAUAUAUAUGUUUUUUUUUUUUUGUAAAUAAUAAACAAAAUUUAGUAGUAAUUGUAAAAAUUAUAAAAACCAAAAAAUAUCUGUUUGUUGGAUAAAUGCCAUAGUUAUAUGUUUUCUAAAAGUAAGGAUGUCAAAGGUUCUCCUUCAAAGGUUCUCCUUCUAUUGUAUAUAACGUAAGCGAAAAAUUCAAUUAAUUUCAAUAAUAUAAUAGAGAGUGAAAAAAUGCUAAAACGAAGCCCUAAAACUGAUAAGAAAAACGAAUUGUAGUUUUAAUAACUAUUGUAAAUUUGAAGUAUAAAACAAUGCUAUAUAAACUGGAAAAUAUCUACAAUUAACUUUAAAGCCUUAUGACAGCAUAAAAUUCAUGUAUAGCUGGCUUUUGGAGAGAGCUAAAUGUUUUUUUAUACCCUACACCACUACUGUGGUACAGGGUAUUAUAAAAAAGUGCAUUUGUUUGUAACACCCAGAAGGAUGAGAGAUAGACCCAUUGAUAAGUAUACCGAUCGACUCAGAAUCACUUUCUGAUUCGAUUUAGCUAUGUCGGUCUGUCUGUCUGUCCGUCCGUCUGUCUGUCUGUCUGUCUGUCUGUCUGUCCGUCUGUCUGUCUGUCUGUCCGUCUUUCUGUCUGUCUGUCUGUCUGUCUGUCCGUCCGUCUGUCCGUCUGUCUGUCCGUCCGUCC